GAUGCCCUUUCUCGGGUGUCCAGUAACCAACUCAUGCAAAUGGCAGUCUCUAGGAUUCUUCUUGGUAUUUAUGAAGAGGUGAGACUUAGCUGGGAAGUUGAUCUAGUGCUUCGGGAAAUUUGUAAUAAAUUACAGCAAGGUUCUUUAAAGGAUUCUGCUUACACUUGGUCUGAAGGACAACUAAGACGAAAAGGCAGAUUAGUUGUGGGAAAUAAUGCUGCUCUUAGGGGGAAGUUGAUUCAUUUGGUGCAUGAUAGUGCAAUGGGAGGUCACUCUGGAAUUCAAGCUUCCACAAAAAGGCUUGCGCUUUUGUUUUAUUGGAAAGGCUUAGAGAAAGAUGUGAGGCAGUACAUAAGGCAAUGUGAUGUAUGUCAGCAUUAUAAACCGGAAAAUACUCCAACUCCAGGGCUAUUGCAACCUUUGCCAAUUCCUGAAGCAAUUUGGACUCAAGUCACUCUUACUGUUGCACAAGCUUACAUGGACAAUGUCUUUAAGUUGCAUGGAUUGCCUCAAGAAAUUAUAUCUGACAAGGAUCCCAUCUUUCUUAGUAAUUUUUGGCAGGAGUUGUUCAAACUCCAGGGGGUUGAACUGCUAUGUUCUUCUACUUAUCAUCCUCAAAUUGAAGGGCAAACAGAGGUGGUGAAUAGGUGUCUUGAAAAUUAUUUGAGAUGCAUGACUGGUGAUCGUCCGACAGAGUGGAGCAAGUGGUUACCUCUUGCUAAGUGGUGGUAUAAUACUAAUUUUCAUACUGCUACCCAAAUUUCUCCAUUUGAGGCUUUGUAUGGAUUUCCACCACCAUUGCAUAUAGUUUAUGUACCUGGAGAUUCAGAUGUUGCAGCUGUUGAUCAAAGUUUACAAGCUCGGGAAGUUAUGUUGAAGGUACUGAAAUUUCACCUCACUCGAGCACAACACAGAAUGGUACAGCAAGUUGACAAGCAUAGACAAGAACAACAAUUUGCUAUUGGAGAUUGGGUGUAUCUCAAACUUCAACCAUAUAGGCAAGAAUCUGUGCAAUCUAGGCCAUCUCACAAACUUGAUGCUAAAUAUUUUGGCCCAUUUCAAGUGAUUGAUAAAGUGGGUAAGGUAGCAUAUAAAUUAGCCUUGCCUGAUUCAUCUCAGAUACAUCCAGUAAUUCAUGUGUCACAGCUAAAGAAAAAGGUUGGAGCGAAAAUUCAGGUGACUAGUCAAUUUCCUGUGGAUUUGCCCUUACUAGUGAUGCUAGAGCCUGUAGCUGUUUUGGGAAGAAAAAUGGUGAAGCGAGGAAAUCAAGCUGCUACUAAGGUGUUAGUCCAGUGGUCUCAUGCUUACCCUGAAGAUGCUACUUGGGAGUAUCUCUACGAUAUUCAACAACGAUUUCCAAAUUUCCAUCCUUGAGGACAAGGAUGUUUUUGAGGGGAAGGAAUUGAUAUGUAGAAAAACUUAGAAGUCACGCACAAGUGGCAUAUGCAGGUGGCAUAUCAGUUACUGUUGGUUUGUGUCAGUUAAUAUGCUAGUAUAAACGUGUUUUGUAACUCUUUGUUGGGUGUUCAGUUAUUUUGGUGUUCUUCAAUCUUCUUAAACUCCUCUAUAAUUCUCUUGUAUUCCAGACUCUAUUGCAAAGGAUAUAUAUCGAAGAUCCUUUCUCUUUUGUGGAUUUUCCUUGUAUUCCUUUAAAUUCUGUUUACUGGUAUCAGAUCCCCAGAAUUCCGAUUACGUUGUUGAGUCCGGUGCGACGUGAUAUUUUGAACCUUGGCGUGCUGAGGAUGAGGAGGCAGAGAGACAGAGGCAGAAAAGGGAAUUUGAGGAAAUGGGGGAUCCCUUGAAAUCUUUGGAGAAUAAAACAUUGGAUUUCAA